AUGACAGCAGAGGCCAAAGCUUUCUGCGAGGAGUUUAAUCGCAAAUAUGAGGAAGCCCACAAAAGCUUUGAAGAUCAAUUCUGGGGUACCAAGAUGGCGCUGAAGGAUGCCAAUUUCAACGCUGAAAACCUGAGUCGUACCAAAAAAGAAAUGGAGGACAUCCUCAGCGACCCUGCAGCGCUUGCCAAGGCAGAAGAGCUCCGGAAGCAAACGGAUGAUGAGCAGGUAGCCAAGGUGCUCGAUAUCAUUAUCCGAGCCUGUCAUUGCUACUCCAUGCCUCCAGAGGCGAAAGAUAUCCGUGAAGCAACAUCCGCGUUGGAGAGCAACCUCGAAAUGGCACGCAACGGUAUGAAGCUUGGCUACAAGGCUGGCGAUGGAAAUUUUGUCGAAGCCUCUUCGGUGGCUCUUCGCAACAAGAUCUCUACCGAAGCGGACGAAUCCAUCCGAAAGGCUGCCUAUGAAGGGCUUCGCUCGAUUGGACCUUUUGUUUUGGACAAUGGCUUUAUUGAAAUCAUUAAGAAACGCAAUCAAAUGGCCAAAAAGCUUGGUUACAUUGACUAUUACGACUACAAAGUCACCCAGGCUGAGGGAUUUGGAAAGCCAAGACUGUUUGAGAUGCUUGACGACCUGGAACAAGGAACGCGUCCCAUCCUGAAGGAAGCCAGAGAGGAAUUUGCUCGACGAUUUGGGGAUGAUGCCCUCCUGCCUUGGAACAUGUCCUACAAAAUGAAAGGUAACAUUGUAGCCAAAAUGGAUCCAUACUUCCCAUUCGGAAUGGCUGUCGAGAGAUAUGUCCGUUCGUAUUCGGCAAUGGGAAUCACCUAUGAAGGAGCUACGAUGAACUUGGAUCUCCUGGAUCGAAAAAACAAGUACUCGAAUGGGUUCUGCCAUUGGCCGGCAUGUGCUUGGGUCAAACCAGAUGGCACAUUUCAACCGUCGACAACCAACUUUACCAGCCUCGCUGACCCUACCGCGAUCGGAUCUGGCUUGAAUGCCUUGAGGACGCUCAUGCACGAAGCAGGUCAUGCGGCGCAUUUCGCCAACAUCAAGCAACCUAGCCCUCUCUUCAGCCAAGAGCGAGCUCCCACUUCUGUUGCGUACGCGGAGAAUCAAAGCAUGUUCCUGGAUUCUCUGGUCGAGGAUGCUGCAUGGCGGGCCAAAUAUGCUCGUGACAAGUCGGGCACUGUCAUCCCCUUUGAAAUUCUCGAAGAGGACAUUCGGGCUUCUCACCCUUUUGCAGUCUUUGCACUCCGUGGGAUGUUGUCCGUGAGCUACUUUGAGAAGGCCCUAUAUGAGUUGCCAGAAGAAGAGGUCACGAAGGAGAACAUUUUGGCUCUUGCCGACAAGAUUGAAUUGGAGGUUCAGGGCGGACCAACAGCCCGUCCAUUGCUCUCUAUCCCCCAUCUUGUCAGCGACGAAGCAAGCUGCUACUACCACGGUUACACGCUGGCAGAGAUGAGUGUCUAUCAAACCCGCGAAUUCUUCCUCGAAAAGUACGGUUACAUCGUGGACAACCCCGAGGUUGGCCCAACCCUCCGCAAAGCAUACUGGGAAUGUGGCAACUCUAAGCCCUUUUUGACAAUUGUAAAGGACUUGACGGGUAAGGAGCUUGUUGGCACAGCGUGGGUGAAUCAUCUCAAGGAGAACGUUGAUGACAAGGUGAAACGCGCAAAGAAGGAGUUUGAGGAAGCAACCCCAGUAGCCGAAACAUCUGUGGAUCUGAACAUGACGGUGCGAUUCGUGGAUGGAGAUGAGUUGAUUGCUGAUUCGUCGUCUGAAGGAGGCAUUCUGGAGGCAUGCAAGAAGUUUGAACAAUUCGUCGCAAAGAGAGUCGCUGCAGCUUAA